AUGGAGCGAUCGGAAGUUGAACUCAGCGAGAGAAAAGCUGAAUUAGCUCAGUGUCAGGCAAGAAUGAGAACUGCAGAAGAGCAAGCAGCUGAUCUACGACAACACGUGCAGUUGCUGAAGGAGCAGAUCACAAAUCGUGAACAGCAGCAUACUCUUCUACAAGGGGAUGUUGAUGCCCUUAGAUCUAAAUUAGAAGGGAAGAAUCAGCAGAUGGAACAACGCGACCAACGAAUAGAACGGUUGGAAAAGGACCUGGCAAAUGCCAAAGGUGAAGUCUCCGAGAAACACGAGCAGAUUCAACAACUGGAUCAUCGAAUCUCGCAGAUGAUGGGGCGAAUUGAUGGUUUGGAGACGUCACUUAGAGAUAAGGAAUCAGAGCUUGACAAAGCAAAAGAGAAAAUCGAUUCGAGUAAGUCAAUUCCUACUGUUUUUUGUUACGUGUCUCACUCUGAUCGCUUAUCGUUUUCAGUGGCGAUUGAGAAGCAGCGCAUGCAAGAUCAUAUCGACCAAUUGAGACGGAACUCUGAGAAAGAACGGUUAGAGCAACAGGAAACCUAUCAAGCGGAGUUGCGGCAGCUGAAAUGUAAUGUGGAGAACCUUCAAAAAGAGCUUGCUGAUCGUGACGUUCUUCUAGAAUCUCAAAAUGAAAAGAUCGGUGAUAUGGACAGAGAACUUGCAUCAUCACGGCAGCGAUUGCAAGCCGUCAUUGUCGAUAAAGGAGAGAAUGAACUUCGCAGAGAGGUUGAAUCAGCACGAGGUGAAGUGGAAAAACUUCUGAAAAUGGUUCGGCAGCUGGAAAAGGAGAAUACGCAGUUGAGUUCGCAAUGUAAGCAGCUGCAGAGCGCAAUAGAUCGAGGAGGUACAGAUAGCAGUGGAACAUUGACAAAGGGCGAUAUGACUUCAGUAGUUUCUGGCAGUCUGUUAUCUGGAGGCAUGAGCGCUCAAGCCAAAAAGAGAAUUGAGGAAUUGGAGGAGGCACUACGUGAAUCGGUAAGCAUCACUGCCGAAAGAGAAGUUCAUCUUUCGCAGCAGAAACAUCUACUCCAUCAAGUAAACCAACAGUUGUCUGAUGCACGCCGUGAGAAUGCUGAGCUGAGAAAGCGGUUGUCAGAGGGAGGAGUUGCCGAACGUGAACAACUUUUAAGGGCUGUGGAAUCGGAGCGACGUCAACAUAUUGAACAGCUCCUACAGCUUAAUUCUGCAAAAAUUGCCCGAACCUUUUCGAAAUUCAGACAAGAAGCACUCUUGGCGGCUAUAGCAGAAAAGGAUGCUCACCUUGCUCUCCUCGAAAAAUCCCGUGCCCCUCGAGAUGAAAUCGACACCGUGCGAAGACAUAAAGAAGCGCUUAUGCGAAAGUUGAAACAAGAAAACGAACGGUCUGUUAUCUGA